UAUGAAGAGCUUUGUUAAUUUUUACUUGGCAGCAUUACAGUGCAGUAAUGAAGUACAUUAGUCAAGGUCCAAUGUUGCUAGAUGUCCACAUGCACCGUCCCCACACCACUUCCCGUAACUUCAUGGAUGCUCUUCUUGCUUUCUGGCCUGGUCUUCAGGUUCUAAAGGGAGACAUCAAGCCAGCCAUCGAAACACAUGAAAUGUUAUAUCAAGUGAUUCAGCGACAUAAUUUCUUACCUGAAGCAUUCACAACAGACUUCCAGGUUCACUGGGGCCAACACCCACUACGACCUGAAUUCCUUGAGUCGACAUACCUUCUCUAUCUGGCAACCGAUGACCCAUACUAUUUGAGAGUUGGAGAACAAGUACUUCGCUCUCUACAGAAACAUGCUUGGGUCCCUUGUGGCUAUGCAGCAGUGAAGGAUGUUCGAACUGGAGUACAUGAGGACAGAAUGGAUUCAUUUGUGCUCUCGGAAACCUUCAAGUACCUGUAUUUGCUUUUUUCUAAACCCAGUGAUCUAAUAAUUGAUCUGGACCAAUUUAUUUUCACCACAGAGGCCCAUCUUCUUCCUCUAUCUCUUGCUCGACUCUCUAACCUGACAGUCGUUCCUGGUCCUGAUAACCAAGGUGCCCAGGACAGUGAUGUAGAGUAUGCCCGCUCUUGCCCAAAUGCUCACUUUCUCUUCCCUGGUCGCCAUGAAUUUGCUGAAACCAUAAGACGUCCGCUUAAAAACUUUGUGAAUAACGUAUGCCCAUCACGCAAGACAAUUCGAAGAAAGUUAAGAGCUUCAGAGUUUCAAGCAGGAAAUAGUCGACAUAUGGGGCUAUUGAGAGAUAUGGGCAUUACUAUUAUGGCUCUUCCAGAUGGUCGUGUUCAGUUAUUACACACUUCUUCUAAUGCUAAAUCGUCAGAUGAUGCUGAGGAAGGACUUCUGUUUAUGCAAGAGAUGAUCGAAUUAAGUAAACUACAGCAAGAACAGCCAGACAGCCCUCCUCGUGUUGUAUCAUUUCUGCACGUAGUAGAUGGCCACCCUACUACUACCACUAUUCAGGCUGGCCCUGCUCAAUUUGGACUUGAUCUAAAAGGAAAUAUUCAGGUUAAUGGACCUGUGGUGAAAGCAACUCCACUUCGUGCCUGUGAACAGUUAGGCAAUGAGGAUGAAAUACAUGGAAAAAUAGUCAUCAUAGAACGAGGAGAUUGCAUGUUCAUCGAAAAGGCUCGAAGGCUGGAAGCACUGGGUGCUAUUGGAGGUAUUGUGUUGGAUAAUACCCCUGAAACUUCUGCAAAAACAUCACCAAUGUUUGCAAUGUCUGGUGAUGGGACGGAUGAUGUGAACAUUCCAUUGGUUUUCCUCUUCUCUGGUGAUGCGGAGGUUCUGCUUAAUGCUCUUCAUGAUCAACCAGAGCUUGAAGUGGUGCUCUCUGACUUUGAUGAUAAAGAUAUUGGAAAGGGUUCAAUUGAAGAGGUUCAAGUUGAGGUAAAAGGAACAAGAGAGGGUGGAGAAGAAACACUAACUGCAGGACUAGAUGAUGCUGGAUUACCACAUGUCAUAUCCAUUAUUAACAACAGACAGCAGGGAAGUGAAAAUUUGGCUGAUGAUGACCUGGUAACAGUUGUAGAGGGACAACAGACAGCUCAUUCUCAGUUACAUGAACAAGAGGAAUCUCAAAAGCAUCAAGUUAUAUUGAAGGACUUGGAAAAGGCCAAAACGGCAGAAGAAAUACUUGUUGCAGCUGUUCGUUAUGUAAAUGUACGACAAGAGCAAGAAGUAGCAAGAGGUAACACACUAAUGACAGAACACUCAUCAGCUUUAAUUGUAACCGAAUUACAAAGUCUCCUUGUAAAGAAAACUGCCUCUGAUCCUAGCCUUCUGAAAUCUUUACUUAGUGUCCACUUACGGGAGCUGAUGGCAGUUCUUCAGCAGGCUGCACCAAGUCCAUCUGACCUGGAUGCCUCCUUGCAUCACUUGCUGAAUCAGUUGUCAACAUUAACCAUGACGGCCUCAACAUCACUAGAUGAAUCUAAAAAACCUGUUGCUUCACAGCAACCAUCAGUUCGAGGAGAUUUGCAAAAAUGGGAUUUUAAUGAAAAUAGUAAGCUUGACCAUCUUGCUGAAAAAUUCCAGGAAAAAAUCAGAAAAAUAAAAAAAAAGUAUGGGCUGAGUCCAGAACAUAUAGAAAGCAUUAGUGAUAUCCAAGGUACAGUUUCACCUCAAACCAAAGAUCAUAACAGGAAAGAUGAAUUAUAAUAAGCAAUAAUAUUUUGUGAAAUCCUUGAAAAAUGGAACUGACCAUGUAGAAAUAUACUCAUUAUUUACAAAUUCUUUUUGUCCUAGUUGUGUGUUUGGUACAGGUGCAUAAUAUUGUAAGGAAAAUUGUACAGUAUAUUUAUUGUUGAUCAUUGGAAAGUAUGGUGGCGACUGCUGUCUUUUAGAUAAUAUAUUGCACAUAAACUGACUGGAGGAUGCUCAGGGGAGCUGCUUGUCACUGUGAUAUUUGACAUAAGUGGAGCAGUCAGAUUGUGUAACAUGCACAUUUAAUUUUAGUUUUGUGCUAUUUCAGGUGAAGCACUUCAUCUUAACUUCACUUUCUGUUAGCAGGUGUCCAAAACUGAAUCUUGUACAUAAAUCUUUUGGAAAUUGUGUACUGUCCAGACAGAAGGAAGUUUUUUUUUUUUUUUUUUUUUUUUUUUUUUUACAAGAUUGUUAUUGAUGACACAUGACACUGAUUACAUCAGAAUUGAGUUUACAAGUAAAUACCCAAAUGAUAAUUCUAAAACUUUUUAUGACGGCUUUUUUUUUUUUUAGUUGAAUGUACCAACAAUACAUGGUAGUUUUUACCUGACGCUCUUCUUCCAUGACAAAUUAUGAGAAGAAAAUGUACCAUCAUGUUAACUUCAAAGAUUUGUUAUUGCAUACAAAUGUGCAGUUUAGUUCCAUGCUCUCCAUGGAGAGAAACUGACUAUUCCAAUUCUUUUUCAUCUACAUUUAUUUAUUAAUUUUAUAAAAUACUGGGUAUACCUGUCAUUAGGUAAAUUUAAUAAGUGCAGUUGCAAACAAAUCCAUCCUGGCAUAAAAUUUGGGUCCAUACCCAAAGCAGAAUUAAGGAUUCAAUGUCCUGGCUGGGCUCUUGGUCAUUUUCCAGCUGCCCGUGGAUUGCUGUUCCCUUUUUGUAUCAUUCUUGGCCCUAUUGUCUUCAUUCUUAAGUUUCCACACACAUUUCAUUACCUUAAUAAUGCUCCAUUUUACUUCCAUUUUAGGAUAUAUUCAAAGAUUAAAUAAGGUUUAUUUUUUUAACAUGCAAUACACUGCCCAUUGAUAAAGAUUCAUAAUUUUUUACAUUCUUUGAUAUGGCAUGCAUUAUAUUUUGCUUUUAAAACACACUAAUACCCUAAUAACAAAUGUCAGAGUUAUGGGGAAGUGCUAAACCCAUAAGGGUCAUACAGUACCUGGAGAAUGGGAAGUAAUCAGGUUUGAUCAAAGGGCAUCUCUUAAUCACCUGGAUCAAGAGCCCUUCACUGGCAUCAGAGUACUUCUCAAGAACAAGAUUAAUAAAUUUAUUAAAAGCCUCAUAUUGCAAUAAAGAUUUUACAUUAAAGUAUUUUCAGUACAUUGAAUUCUAUUUUAUUCAUGCAGUUUUUCAGUGUUAAUAGUGACUAUAAAUAAGAGAACAAUAAUUAUUCUUUUUUUUUUUUUUUUUGUUUUUUUAAUUCUUGAAUACUGUAAUGCUCAGAAUAACUUUACAUGAAUGUAUAAACUUACAAGCUCACAUACCAUUCACUGCUCAUGCUCUUUCAUUCAUACGAACCUUGUUAAUUCCACGUAUUCAUUCUUGCUGACACUACCUAAUGUAAUCAUCUUCACUAUGGUGCAAGUAAAAAACUGAUGCACUUUACACAUCCCACAAGCUAUUUAAAAUAAAAGACCUCAAAUAUUUCUAAAUUUGUAAUACGAUACUAAAAUAUUAAUAUGUAUAUAUGUUUUCUAGUAUACUUUAAAUUAUUGUAGGUCAAUUUCAUGUACCUCACAUACAGCCAGAAAUGUGUUUGGGUAAGGAAAGGGAGGGGCAGGAUAACCAGCAAUUUUAUUAUUAUUAUAAAGCAGUUUUAUUAUUUAAUAGGAUUAUUAUUAUUUAAUGAGAAGCCCUAACCUGUAGGAGUCAUAUCACUAGGGUGGGAUAAGAGGCAACCAGGUUCAAUCUAAGGAAGGGAAGGACUGGUUUAAGUCCUUAGAUUAAUAGCCCCUCAUUGACAUCAAGGAACUUCCUGGAGGAGAGGUUGGAAAAUCUGUAUAUUAUCUGAAAAAGUCCUGUUAACAGAUAAGGUGGGAAUGAGGGGAAUUUCUCAGUGUGCAGCCCUUCAAGGAAGGUUCCUUAAUGCCAGUGAGGGGCUCUUGAUACAAGGAACUGGACUUGCCUUUCCCUCCCAUUCCCCAGCACUGUGACCCACACAGGUUUAGUGCUUCCCCAUGAAUUUAAUAAAUGUGGGUGUGCAUACCAUUAAUGUAUAAGAGGAAAAAUAAUGUUCAUAUUUGUGAGGUUAGAUUUGUAUAUAAAUUAGACUUUUGACUUGUGUAUAUAAAGUAAUUUACUGCAUCUGCAAAUUUGAAUGUUGAAUUUUGUUGUAAUCUAAUUUUGUUUGAUUACAACAAGCUAGUUAUUUAAGAACAUUCCAGUUGCAGACUAUUUUCUAAGCAUACAAUAGCAAUCAACCAGAACAUAUGGAACUGCAUUUUCUGAUUAGUAGUUUCAGGUGUGGGAGCUACACAGAAUGGAUCUAUUAUUUGUGUGAAUGUGCAUGUGUGUGUGAAGGGUGUACACUGGUGUGUUUCUAUCAUUAUGCGGUAGGGUUCCUGUGACAAUUUUUUAAUAAAAAACAAAAUUAAAUUCUUUUUAUACCUUUAAUAUCAUAAUGGGUGGAAGCACCAAACCCAUAGGGGUCACAUAGUCAAUAGGGAUUGUGAGGUAAUCAGGUUUAAUUCAAGUGGGAGGGUAGCUCAAAUUCCCUAGAUCCAGCUUCUCUCACCAGCAUUCAGGCAUCUGCCUUGAAAGGAGUUUGAUGUCUCUAGAUUUAACCUAUACAGUGGACCCUUGGUUUACAUGUUUAAUCUGUUAGAGUGAUCGGCAAAAACGGUAACCAUUUUCCCCACGAGAAAUAAUGUAAAUCCAAUUAAUACGUUCCAGACACCCCAAAAAAAAAAAAAAAAAAAAAAAAAAAUUAAA